GCCACCUUAAACCCAACAUCCGCCGGUCGCCAAGCCCUGCACAGAGACAUCCCCCCCCCACGCCGGCAGGCAGGGCUGGGGGGGCAUCGCCCCCACCCUGCUAGCACCCUGAGCUCCCUCGCCUGCACCCCGAGGUCCCUGCUUGCACUUCGCGGUCCCUGCUUGCACCCCGAUCACCCCUGCUUAUCCACAGCAGGUCCCUGUUUGCACGCUGAGGUUCCCUCCUUGCACCCCAAGAUCCCUGCCUGCACCCCCACAUCCCCUCCUUGCAAGCUGACAUUCCCUGCUUAUGCACAAUUCCCUGAUAGCACUCUGAGGUCUUCUGCUUGCCCCUCGAGAUCCCCACUUGCCCCCCGAGGUUCUGCUGCGGUGUCCGAGCAGCCUCAGAUCCCUGUGUCCGGCCAAGGGACUGCGCGGGGACUGCGGCGCCAUGGAGUUCUCGGAGCUGAUCAAGACGGCGACGGUGGAAAACGUGCUGCUGUCGUGUGCGGGGCUGCCGGCGGUGAAGGGCACCCUGUGCAUCACCAGCCACCACCUCCUCCUCUCCUCCUGCCCCGGGGGGGAUGCCCAGCCCGGCACCCUGGAGCUUUGGCUGCUCAUCCGCAACGUGGACGCUGUGGAGAAGAGCGUGCAGAAUUUCAGCUGGUAUCAGCCCCCCCGGACUAACGGCUCCCCGCGAGACACCAGGCUGGCCGGCUCCUCCGGCACCAUCACUCUGCGGUGCAAAGACCUGAAGGUGCUGCAGCUGGAGAUCCCGGGCAUGGAGGAGUGUCUCAACAUCGCCAGCUCCAUCGAGGCUCUUUCCUCGGUGGACUCCGUGAUGAUGAUGUACCCGUUCUUCUACAGACCCGAGAACCUGAAGCUGGAGGAAGGCUGGCACCUCUUCCCCCUCCAGCAGUACUUCCAACAGAUCUCCUCGCAGACGAGCCAGUGGCGGCUGAGUGACGUGAACCAGGACUUCACCACCUGCCCCACGUACCCUCCCGCUGUCAUCGUGCCAGCAGCAGUGGACGAUGACACCCUGAGGAAGGUCGCCCGGUACCGGCAGGGCGGGCGAUUCCCCGUCCUCAGCUACUACCACCCCAAGAACGGCACCGCGCUGCUCCGCAGCAGCCAGCCGCUGACGGGCCCCAACCGCAAGCGCUGCCAGGAGGACGAGCUGCUGCUGGGGACAGUCCUGCGCCAGGGGGAACGGGGCUUUGUCAUCGACACACGGUCGGCCCAGGCGGCCAAGCAGGCACGGAUGACGGGGGGUGGCACGGAGCCCAAGUCCUCCUACCCACAGUGGAGGAGGCUGCACCGGCCCCUGGAGAGAGGCCGCCCGCUGCAGGAGAGCUUCACUAAGCUGGUGGAAGCCUGCAACGACACCUCCAUCAGCAUGGACCGCUGGCUGAGCCGGCUGGAGAGCUGCCGCUGGCUGAGCCACGUCAAGGCGGCGCUGAGCACGGCCUGCCUGGCUGCACAGUGCCUGGACAGGGAGGAGGCGAGCGCGCUGGUGCACGGCGCGGAGGGCACGGACACCACGCUGCUGGUGACCGCGCUGGCGCAGCUGAUCCUGGAGCCGUCCUGCCGCACCCUGACGGGCUUCCAGGGGCUGCUGGAGCGGGAGUGGAUCCAGGCCGGCCACCCCUUCCACCUCCGCUGCGCCCGCUCUGCCUGCUCCCACGCCCGCCUGAAGCAGGAGGCGCCGCUUUUCCUCCUCUUCCUCGACUGCGUGUGGCAGCUGAGCCGCCAGUUCCCCUUCUCCCUGGAGUUCAGCGAACGCCUCCUCCUCACCCUCUUCGACAACGCCUACGCCUCUGCCUACGGCACCUUCCUCUGCAACAACGAGAAGGAGAGGUGCCUGUGUAAAGUGAAGGAGAACACGCACUCCCUCUGGGCCUGGCUGAACCAGCCUGGGGAGAAGAAGAAGUACCUGAACCCUCUCUACUCACCCAACACCCUGGUCAUCUGGCCCUCCGUUGAACCCCAGAGCAUCCAGCUCUGGCAGGGUUUAUUCUUCCGAUGGAUCCGUUCAUCCCAGUACCUGGACGAGGCCUGGGCAGAGAUCCAGCAGUUAGUGGACCCCAACGAAUCCCCUGUCAAGGAGAGCAGAGGGAACAGGCUGAGCAGAACCCCCUCCAGCCCUGCUGCUCCAAUGGAGAACAAAAACUGAGCAGCAGAGUGGGCAGCUGGAUCCUGUGGGACACGCUGUGCAGGACACAGGUCCCACAGAGCCUGGAGGUGGCUCUGGGAGGGGGGGCUGGACCCUUUCUCUGGGCUUGUUUCAGUAAAGCACCCUCCCUCACA